AUGCCGAACGGAUACAACUCACAGGGCAACGCGUACAACGCGCCCGCCAAGUCCCAGCCCAACACCUCGAGCUACCACUACUCCAACACGAACGGCUCGUACUACUACAGCAACUCGAACGGGUCGACGUACUACAACUCCGGGAGCGGCUACUCGCGCUACACUGCCCCCAACGGCAACGUGUAUCAGGGGGACGGCAGCACGCGCGCGUCGCGCAAGUGA